AGGUAGGAAAAGUAAACAGCUUAGGCUUGGGUAUUAAAGGGUAAAUAGUUUGGGCUUAAUGGGUAUAAAGUGAGAUUUUCCCAAGAUAAUGUACACAAAUAUCUUUUUCAUUUUUUACUUCCAGAACAUUAAUGUUUCUUCUCAUUCAGGCGACCCCAAGAUGUAUUUAAUCAUGCAUAUCUAGAAGGUAGCAGAGCAGUUUAAUUAGAAGACAAAAGAGAUGCAAUUUUGGUACUUCUGUACAAACAAAGUUAGAGACCUCAGUGAACAGAAAUUUUGUAUCUGCUUCUAACUUUAGCUCACCAGGAAAUAAAAGGAAAAAUGGAAAUAUAAGUCUUCUUUCAAAUGUAUUUUUUCCUACUGACUAGGCAGACUAGUAAUCCCUGAUGAAUUUGUUUUAUUUUUUACCACUAAUGUCAAUUCUUUGAUGGCACAGGUACCACUCGCUACAUCACACUCAAUUUAGAACAAAUUAUUCACUUUUCAUGCCAAUGUAUGAUUAUCUGUAUGGUACAGUGGACAAGUCGUCAGAUACAUUGUAUGAAAAGUCACUUGAGAGGAAAGCUGACUUGCCUGACGUUGUGCACCUAACACAUCUAACAACCCCAGAAUCAAUCUACCAUCUCCGACUAGGGCUUGCAUCCUUGGCCUCGACGCCUCAUGCUUCCAAGUGGUAUUUAUGGUUAUUGUGGCCCGUUACCCUAUGGUCGUUUUUUAUUACUUGGAUUUAUGGUCAAACAUUUGUUGUUGAGAGAAAUUUAUUCAAGAAUCUUAAGUUACAAACUUGGGCUGUCCCAAAAUACAGGAAACAAUACUUUAUGCAAUGGCAAAGAGAUACUAUUAACAAUUUGAUUGAGGAGGCCAUCAUGGAAGCUGAUCAGAAAGGCAUAAAAGUUUUGAGCCUUGGACUCCUAAAUCAGGAGGAGGAGCUGAAUAAUAACGGUGAACUUUACAUAAGGAGGCAUCCACAGUUGAAAGUGAAGGUGGUUGAUGGAAGUAGUCUAGUUGUUGCUGUGGUCCUUAACUCCAUUCCUAAAGGAACUCCCCAAGUGGUCCUUAGAGGUCGUUUGUCCAAAGUUUCUAGCUCCAUCGCCCUUGUUUUGUGCCAAAGAGGAAUUCAGGUUAUCAUGUUAGAUGAAGAAGAGUACAAGAGACUUAAAUCAAGGCUUACCCCUGAGGCUGCAACUAAUGUGGUCCAGUCAAAGACCUAUUUAUCAAAGAUAUGGCUAGUAGGGGAUGGAUUGAGUGAAGAUGAACAAUUAAAAGCACCAAAAGGAACAUUGUUUAUUCCUUUUUCACAGUUUCCACCAAGGAAAGCUCGCAAAGAUUGCAUCUACUUCAGCACACCAGCCAUGACUAUCCCAAAACAACUUGAAAAUGUAGACUCUUGUGAGAACUGGCUACCAAGAAGGGUGAUGAGUGCAUCAAGAAUAGCAGGGAUUUUGCACGCAUUGGAAGGCUGGAAUGAGAAUGAGUGUGGUGAUAUGAUGUUUGAUAUUGAAAGAGUGUGGAAAGCCAGUCUUGAUCAUGCUUUUCGCCCGUUAACCAUGACUUCUGCCACUGAAUCAAAGCCUUAAAAAUUAUAGACUGCUUUGUCAUGAUCAUAUCCUGAAUCAGUGACUUCCAAGUUUGUAAUAGUGUAAUAAACAUCUUAUCUUUCACAACCAAAAAUUUUCCUUGACCACAACAGGGGCAGAAUUUUCCUUUUGACCCUGGAUGCUAAAAUACAGUCAAUAAGACCAGGGAAGCAAUCAGCUCAUAUUGUUCUCCCUUUUAAUGUAAUUUCAGUAAUAUGUAAGUUUCGUGUUAAAUUCAAUUCGACAGUUUCUAUCACAAUUCUAUCUCAUGACUGUUAAUUUCUAUGCU